CAGAGCAGAGCCCAGUGCCCACACGGCCUCCCACUCCCAACCAGCCCACUCCCAGAUUCUUAAAUAGCCAGAUUGCCUGAACGACUCCGAUGUGAGCCAACAGAGAGCCAGCACAAGAGACAAGACCCUUCUUCUUCGAAGCCCUCUGCACUCCGACCCUUCGAAGCCAUCUGCACUCCGACCCUUCGCGAGUUCAUCUUCGAUCCUUCGAACCAGCUAGAGCUUCGUGAGUUCGUCUUCCACACUUCGAACCAGCAGGAGCCCUUCGCGAGUUAGUCAGGAGCUUCGUGAGUUCGUCGUAGACCCUUCGAACCAGCAGGACUCAGCAGGAGCUUCGUGACUCGUGAGUUGGUCUUCCACAGUGCGAAUCAGCGGGAGCCCUUCGUGAGUUUGUCAAGAGCUUCGUGAGUUCGUCGUCGACAUUUCGAACCAGAAGGAGCUCUUCGCAAGUUUGUCUUCGAGCCUUCGUGAGUUCAUCCGCUUCUCUGUUAUUGGGUCUUCCCAUAUGGCUUUAAAUAAUUGAAUUCUGCCAAGCUGCUGCAACCCUGGUAAGGCCAAAUAAGGAAAAAAAAAGAGUUGGUUAUUUUAGAAGGAUGGAGAAGGGAGCCUCGUUUUUGUUUGCAGGCAUCCGUUUUGAUAAAAGGAAGUUUUCUAGUGAUUUUACGAGAUUCGAGGAUAAAGAAAAAAAUAAUGUUAUAGACAAGCUGGGCUUUGGUGAAAGUGGAAACAAUGAACCAGAGAACAGGGUGAUGCCUGUUAAGAGGAAGCGGAACUCAAAGGGAUCCGAAACAGUAGAAGGCUUUAGUGUCUUCAAGACUUCAAAAUCGACUGCUGUAAUUGAACACGACCAGGAAGAAAAUGUAUCUUCCCAAGCAAAGAAGGAGUUCUAUCGGCAGAUGGAGCGGGAUGCGCUUUUACGGAAGCAGCACAACAUUCACAUAUCUGGGAAUAAUGUCCCGCCUCCACUUAAAAGUUUUGGGGAAUUGAGUUCUAGAUAUAAAUGUCCAUCAUAUUUGUUACGCAAUUUGGCAGAAUCUGGAUUUAAGGAACCGACACCAAUCCAAAGGCAGGCGAUUCCAGUCCUCCUCUCUGGCCGGGAAUGUUUUGCUUGUGCUCCAACUGGUUCUGGUAAAACCAUGGCUUUUGUUUGUCCCAUGCUUAUGAAACUUAAGCGUGCUUCAAAGGAUGGUGUUCGAGCUGUUAUUAUUUGUCCUACACGAGAACUAGCUGCUCAAACGACCAGAGAGUGCAAGAAGUUGUCUAAAGGAAAGAAAUUUCGCAUCAAGUUAAUGACUAAAGAGCUUGUAAGAACCGCUGAUUUUUCAAAAUUGCCUUGUGAUGUACUCAUAUCCACACCACUUCGCUUACGUUGGGCCAUUCGCAAAAGAAAGCUCGAUUUAAGCAGGGUUGAGUACCUUGUCUUGGAUGAGUCUGACAAGCUAUUUGAGCUUGGCUUGGUGAAGGAGAUUGAUUUUGUUGUCAAAGCAUGCUCCAACCCUUCAAUAAUACGCUCAUUAUUCAGUGCGACUUUACCUGAUUACGUUGAAGAGCUUGCACGCACAAUAAUGCAUGAUGCUGUUAGAGUUAUCAUUGGCAGGAAGAAUUCAGCUUCUGAAUUGAUAAAGCAAAAAUUGGUUUUUGCUGGAAGUGAAGAAGGAAAACUUCUUGCACUUCGUCAAAGCUUUGCAGAGAGCCUAAAUCCUCCUGUCCUAGUGUUUGUUCAAAGCAAGGAGCGAGCAAAACAGCUGUAUGGGGAACUGGAAUUUGACAGCUUUAGAGUUGAUGUUAUCCAUGCAGAUUUGUCCCAGUCACAGCGAGAAAAUGCUGUUGACAACUUCAGAUCCGGAAAAACAUGGGUUUUGAUUGCCACUGAUGUUAUUGCCCGGGGAAUGGACUUUAAGGGUGUCAAUUGUGUGAUAAACUACGAUUUUCCAGAUUCUGCAGCAGCAUAUAUUCACAGGAUUGGUCGUUCCGGCAGAGCUGGAAGGAGUGGGGAAGCUGUGACAUUUUACACAGAGGAUGAUGUUCCUUUUUUGCGUAACAUAGCUAAUGUUAUGGCAGCUUCAGGCUGUGAGGUGCCGUCCUGGAUUAUGUCCAUGCCUAAACUGAAGUGGAAAAGGCACCGGCCAAAAAGAGACUCUAUAUCCACCAAGCCAAAAGAUGUGCAAGAUUAAGCCUGGUUGUCCAAGCAAAUCUCCAGCAUCAGAGAAUUUUUAUUUUUGAUUUUUUUUUGUGAAGUUCUCAUUUUUUUGUAACCUCAAUAUAAACAGCAGGUGAAUUUAAGUUAAUUUUUUUCAAAUAUUUGCAUUUUCAAUUUAAUAAUUUUUAAGGAGCCAAA